AGAAAUGUCCUCUGAGGGCAGGAGCAGUUUUUGGUUCAAAAUUCCAGUGCUGUCAAUCCACAGGUGGCAAUGGGAUCCGCUGUGGGACAGGGGUGACAGCAGGAGUGGUUUGCUUGUUAGGGUCUAAGCUCAGUGCUCCCCUUGAAGUAUAAAAACCCUGGACAAUCAGCAGCCGAUUUCCCCCCAGCCAGAUUUCCCCGACCCUUCCACCUUCCUGCGUUUACAUCCCAGGUUUCCCCUCUCUAUUGGCUUUGUGUGGCACCGUUUUGGUAGCGGGGGGCUACAGGGAAGCAGAGAUCCACCUGCAGCCCAUGGAGGAGCCCACGCUGGAGCAGAGGCAUGUCCGAAGGAGGCUGUGGCCCCACAGGGAGCCGGUGCUGGAGCAGGGUCCUGGCAGGACAUGUGGAGAGAGGAGCCCACGCUGGAGCUGCCUAAUCCUGAAGGGCUGACCCUGUGGAAGGGACCCACGCUGGAGCAGUGCGUGAAGAGCUCCUUGGAGAAGGAGCCCCGUGAAACUGGAGCUCUGCUGGAGCAGAGGCGGAGUGUGAGGCAUUCUCCUCUUGGGGAAGAAAGAGCAGCAGAGAGAGCAGCCCCCAUUCCCCAUCCCGCUGUCGGGAAUGGGGCGGAGGGAGCCAGGAGCGAUUCCGAGCCGGGGACGAACAGCGGAGCGGAGGGACGGUAGUGGGACAUUUCCUUGCACCUCCUCGCUGCCCCCACACCAGGUCAGUUUUGAGGAAGAGAGCCAGAAUCCACCCACUGUGGGACACUGGAAGCCCCUGAUGCCAUCCAAAGGUGACAAAGAGGAGCCAGAGAGUGGAUGCCAGGAUGCUGGAGGUGCGCAUGAGCCCCAGUCCACGGAGCAGCUCAACGUGUCCCGGCUGCGCAGCUCCUCAGUGGAGAUCCGGGAAAAGGGCUCGGAGUUCCUGAGAGAUGAGCUGCACAAAGCACAGAAGGAGCUGAAGCUCAAGGACAAAGAAUGUGAGAGAUUGUCAAAAGUCAGGGAACAGCUGGAACAGGAACUGGAAGAGUUAACAGCCAGCCUGUUUGAGGAAGCCCACAAGAUGGUGAGAGAAGCCAACACCAAACAGGCUGCGGCAGAGAAACAGCUCAGGGAGGCCCGGGGCAAGAUUGACAUGCUGCAGGCAGAGGUGACAGCCCUGAAGACACUGGUGAUCACAUCCACGCCGUCCUCCCCGAACCGGGAGCUGCACCCUCAGCUGCAGAGCCCUUCCAAAGCCGGCUUCAGGAAGGGCCACGGGCGGAACAAGAGCACCAGCAGUGCCGUGGUGUCAGCUGCCAGCCAGAGCGUGGCUCCAGAGCCCGUCAGCCGCGAGUGCAGAGAGUCUGGUUUCCCUGCUCUCCUCUCCCUGCUCCUUUGCAUCCUCCCUGGGAAGGCUAUCCACAUCACCUAUGAGCCAGGCUGGCAGGCCUUGGGAGCAGAUGCUUCCUCCUUCUCUUCCUCACGGCAGGUCGACUCGAUUUUAUUUGCCGAGUUCCAGGCCUGGAAGGAAUCUCCAACUUUGGACAAAUCCUGCUCCUUCCUGGACAGAAUUUACCGAGAAGAUGUAGGACCUUGUCUGGACUUCACCAAGCAGGAGCUGUCGGAGCUGGUGCGCGUGGCUGUGGAGCAGAACACCCUCACCAUCGAGCCAGUGGCUUCCCACACUGUCCCUGUGGGGAAGGUGGCAGCAGAGGAGUCUGGUGGCCCCAAUGGCUUCCGGUCACAAAUCCUAACGAAAUGUGCUCUAAGUGGCCUCCCCAGGACCUGCAAGCACCGGAUCAUGCUGGGGGAUUCUGGGAAUUACUACUACAUUUCCCCUUCCUGCAGGGCCAGGAUCACAGCAGUGUGCAACUUCUUCACCUACAUCCGCUAUAUCCAGCAAGGCCUGGUGAGGCAGGAUGUGGAGCUGAUGUACUGGGAGGUCAUGCGGCUCCGGAGGGAGAUGUCUCUGGCCAAACUUGGAUUUUAUCCCAGUGAGAUGUAAGCAGAGCCCUGAGCGUGGAGGAAACUGCUCCUGGAGGAAGGGCUUGGAGUGCAGUGCCUGUCCUGCUCCCUCCCACCUUCCCUCUGCCUGGAGCAAGGAGCAAGAGGCACAAGUUCCACCUUCAGCUGUCCCACUCCUCCAAGCGUGACUGGAAUGCAGCUGCCAUGCUACCCCUGGAGCUGGGCUGGCCCUGGCUGCUCCAGGGUGGCCAUCCAUGGACUCUGGACUCUCCUAUAUGAAGUAUAUAUCCAUUUUUUAAAAACCUUUUGUUUUUUAUAUGCAGCCUGCUUUGGCUUGGCCUGUGCAGGGUGGGACUUCUGGACCUUCCUCGUGAGCCAGUCUGUCAGGACAGAUGCUGGCUGUCUGUUCCACUCAUUUCUUUGGGAUGGAGGGGGUGCUGUCCCCGAGGUCCUGCUGACCACAGCAGCCCUGAAAAUGCCAGCAGAGCACAAUAAUCUUGAACAGUUUGUUUCCAAGCACUUCCUUGUUCCUUUUCAAGGAGCCUGCGAGAGAAGCUUGUUGCCAGCGGAGUCACAAAGAGGGAUUUGUUCCUGUUUUUAGCUGGAUGUUAGGCACUGGGUUAUGCAGGCUGGGGAAUGGCUGGAGCUGUGCACCUGGGGCCUCCAGCAGAAGAAAGGGAGCAGAGAAAUUCCCUAACUCCCAGCAGGCUGCAGGAUUUUUACCCUUGGACCAGGGAAUCUGCUGGAGUUGUCAGAGGCAGAUGCAGGAGCCUGUGAACAGUCCCUGGUGUCAAGUCCCCCAUGAUGCUCCUAAACACAAACCUCACCCACAAGCAAGUCUUGGAGCUGUUCCUGCUCUUGAGAGAACUUUGGGCAGUCCUGUUCCCACUCUUCAGGCAGAACCCAUGUUCCCAGGUUGGGUUCUUUGUGUCUCCAGGAGGAGCAUGCCCAGGCUGGGCAGUCCCAAAGCCCAGAGAUUCCUUCCCAGUGUUACAUCAGACCUGGAGAUGCCUGUCCACUGGGAAUCACAACUUUUCCUGGGCUGCCAUUCCCUGGGGAGGGAAUCUGAGACCUCUUUGUGUGCACUUGAGGAAUAUGGCUGAGGUUCCUGCCUGCCCCAAAAUGUGCUGGGAGGGAGGGAUGUCACUGGAGCUGUAGGAAUGCACAGGCCUGACAUAUCCUGAGCCCAGACCCAGGUUUAUUGAAGCCAUGACAGUAUUUUGCAGCUAAUUUAACCUUUUUUUUUAUGACUCUGGAAUCAGCUCAGCCAUCACCCACUCUGGGGUUUUCACUUCUGACAGGGUUGUCACCCUGUCCCUCUGCCACCCUCAGCAAGCUGGUGCCCAUCCUCAGCUCCAUAAUUCCAUCCUCUCCUGAAGGACAUUACAGUAGGAACUCUAUUUUCUUCCACUGAGCUGCUGGAUUUUGUCUAGGAGAGAGAGAAAUAACACAGCUUUGGUUUUCCCCAGCUGUGGAUUUCAGCUCAGGUGAAUUCCACCCCUAGAAUUUCUCCCUGCAUCUCUUCCCCCAUCCUUUCUAUCUCUCCAUGUCUUCCUGUGCUGUGAGCUGCUGCACGGCACAAACGUUGCAGCACUGGCAAUGAGAUGAUCUCUCUGGCUAGAAGAUGUUUUGGUUUGUGGGAUGUUUUUUCCCCCUUGGUGUCACAUUGAAAAGCACUUUGAGACAGAAGGAACUGGAGCAAUGCCUUGUCUGAGGUUGUCUUGCAUUUCAAACAAAGCAGAGAACAAUUUGUGAAGGAAAAUGAAGUCACUCCAUUAGCAGUGGGAUUGUUGCACCCUGCUCUUUCAUAAAGGAAAAUAAACAUUUGCUAUUAACCUCUA